AGAACCACCAAACCUCGAUCAACGAACUUUCUCACAACCAAGCCAACAGCGGACAGCAGACGAAAGCGAAGGUUGUUACUAGUAGUCAGUAUUAGCAUCAAAUUGAAUCAGCACGAUGGCCCCUGCUAGUCUGAAGAGGAAGUUAAUGGGUGACUCGUCAUCUGGUGGCAGGAAGAAGCGAGCUGCAGUGAAGAAGAAGAGACCGUCGCAAAAAAAGACUACUAUUAAUAGUAGUUCGGCGAGAAUGGGAAUGUCAACCACGAGAGACAGGAAACCCUCCGUGGCUUCUCUAGCCCAACCACAACAGAUCACACCAUCAUCCGUCAAGACGGACCCUUCCGACAAUGAACCACUACGACCCAAGAUUGAGUAUUCUCCCAACGCCAUGGCCAAGUGUACCAAGUGUCGCAAGAAGAUUCAGAAGCAACAGAAGCGAUUUGGGAUUCCUGAAGAGUCCGAGCGCUACAACAAGGAGAUUUACCGGUAUUACCAUGCCAACUGUUGUCCCAAAAAUCUCCAAAAGUUGGUCCCCAAUGCGGCCGAAGAACUGAAACGACAAAAGACGAAUGCCCAAUACAAACAACAUGUGGUCCAACAACGACACGACCUCCUCGAUCAACUCAAACACAUGCGUCUGCUCAUUGCCAAUCGACUCGAAGUACCGACGUUCAUGGUACUCUCCAACGCUACACUCGACGAAAUUGUAUUUCACAUGCCCACCAAUGCCAAAACACUCCGAAGCAUUAAAGGAAUUGGACCAACAAAGUUGCGAAAUUUUGGCGAUCCCAUCUUUACUCUGGUACAACAAUACCAAUAUCAACAACAACAACAACAACCACAAUCCACACCAAGAGUCAAACCGGAACGAAAACUCAAACCAACUCGAAAAAAAUCAGUGGCAAAAUCGUCAUCCGUGGCAAAAUCUCCAGCCACGGCCAUUGUCAUUGAGGACAGCGAUGAUGAUGACGAAAUUGCCGUCGGAACAACUCUGACAUGCGAACAGCUGGUGAACCAAAAGUUUGAGCAUGCCGCUGCCAAUGGAUAUGUCAUAUCCGUCGACGAUUGAUUAGAUGAAGUCCAUAGGCUAGCUAGGAUGCGGGAUCCAUUCAAUUCAAUUCGUCAAGCCUGCUGACAAUUAGUACCCGUAUAGUAGGUAUCUCCAUAAUAUUAUUAGGGUGGUAAUAUUGUGUAGU